UUGCCCUUGAAAAAGGGAGAUCUAUGGGAAGGUGCUUGCCAUUGGCCGUGUUCGACGGUCAUCGGUGGUCGCCCCGAUAGCUCACUCAUCCCAGUGUUAGUAGACUAUGGUUUCGCCUUUCACCAUACACAAUCGGAUUAUCUGGUAAUGACAAAGUGGCUUCCAAAUACUCCAUCUACUAUCCCUAGAUAUGCACACACUAUGAUUGGUGUUGGCGGAUUAGUUAUCGACAGCAAUGAUAGAAUACUUCUGAUGAAGGAAAAGCGUGGUCGUUAUCUCGGCUGGAAGUUUCCUGGAGGCGCUUCAGACCCGAAUGAAAGCAUAUUUGACACAGCUGCUCGGGAAGUUUUGGAAGAAACCGGGGUGACCGCAGUUGGAAAGGCGUUGUUGUGCUUCAGACAAGUUCAAGUGUCUCAGUUUGAAAAUGUUGGAGAUAUAUAUUUUAUUUGCUUAAUGGAUGCAGUAGACCUAGCGAUAAGACCUUGUCCAUCAGAGACAGCCGAUUGCAAGUGGUUCACUAGGGAGCAGAUAGCGACCUUGUCUGAGUCAGAAUUCCACGAAUUCAACCGCGAAGUGCUAAAUCGAUAUGAUGUAUGGAAAGCUGCUGGGCGGCGCGGAUGUCACAUCGCUAAUUGCCAAUUCACAGGCAGAAAAUGUCAUAUGUUUUAUAUUGAGUAG